CUUAAUUGUAUCUGUCUUCAAGAAUAAUCAAAAAGAAGCAAAAAAGAGAAAGAGAGAUUAAUUAGAACCCAACAAAAAUGGCGAUCGUAAGUCCCCAUUUCUGUGCACCGUACCCCAUAGAGUUGGGGAUCGUACGCAAGGUGAUGACUCUAACAGAUGGUAACUUCGCUGUCACCGACGUCAACGGCAAUCUCCUUUUCAAGGUCAAAGAACCUUUGUUUAGCCUCAGCGACAAAAGGAUUUUGUUGGAUGCAUCAGACACUCCAAUCUUGACUUUGAGAGAAAAUAAGGUGAGCUUGCAUGAUAGGUGGCAAGUAUUUAGAGGGAAAAGUACAGACCAAAGUGAUCUAGUAUACACAUUGAAACGAUCGUCGAUGAUUCAAAUAAUGAAGCCAAAGCUAGACAUUUUUUUGGCUCAAAAUAAAGAAAUGAAGGUGUGCGACUUCCAUGUCAAAGGAAGUUGGAUCGACCGUUCAUGUGUCGUCUACGCCGGCAAAUCUGAUGCCAUUGUUGCUCAGAUGCAAAAGAAACAUACCGCACAAAGCAUAUUGAUAGGGAAGAGUAAUUUCUCGGUUACGGUCUAUCCAAAUGUUGACUUUGCUUUUAUAGUCUCUCUCAUUGUAAUUCUCGAUGACAUUAACCGAGAAGAUUCAGAAGACUAAAAUACUAUUUUUCAUAUACAUUAAUUUCUUUUGUGCGCAGCAAAUAUUUGAUAAUA